AUGGCGAAAACCGGGGAAGAUGGCGGGCAAUCGCCCCGAGUAGAAGGGGAAGAGAAAGCUCAACAAGAAACGCGACAGGGCGUGAUCAGUAGCGAGAAGCAUGAUUCAGAGAUGGGUCUCGGGAAUGAGGGGCUGGGAGAGAGCGAGCAGUACAUGCAAAUUGAUCCAGCCGUCGCUACUCGCAUCGCGGAAAAUGUCGACGAUUUUAUGACCCUCGUGAGCGAGGCAAACGAAGCGAACGAGAGGGAACGAGACAUGAAACUGUCUCACGCUUUCAAGGUAUACCCAAAAGCAAUUGCCUGGUCCAUGAUCCUCUCCUCAUGCAUUAUAAUGGAAGGCUUCGGGACUGCAAUCGUUGGGUCUUAUAUUUCAUUCCCCCCUUUCCGGGAUAAGUUUGGCACUCAAGCCCCCAAUGGAGAUUAUCAGAUACCUGCGAGUUGGCAGAAUGGCAUUGCAGGCGCGACAAAUGUCGGCGAAAUCAUUGGCCUCCAGAUCGCCGGUGUGUUGUGUGAACGUUGGGGUUACCGGUAUACGCUUCUGUCUGCGUUAGUCGCUGUAACUGCGUUCAUAUUCUUCCCCUUCUUCGCGAACAGUCUUGCCAUCUUUCUCGUCGGCGAGCUAUUUCAAGGGAUGGCGUGGGGCGUUUUCCAGACGAUGACAGUAGCUUAUGCGGCCGAAGUCUGCCCCGUGCCCCUGAGACACUAUCUUACAACCUAUGUCAACCUCUGCUGGAUUAUCGGCCAGUUCAUAUCAUCCGGCGUGCUCGUUGGGCUUGAAGGCAGGCAGGAUGAAUGGGGGUACAAAAUCCCAUUUUCUUUGCAAUGGAUCUGGCCGAUACCCAUCGGUAUUGGCACAUAUCUUGCACCAGAAUCGCCAUGGUGGUGUGUUCGGCAUAAUCGCAAAGAACAAGCGGAAGUGUCGUUGAAAAGGCUAGCUCGCAGCUCUGGGUUUUCCCAACGGGAUGCUGAUGCGGCAAUGGCUUUAAUCGUAUACACAGAUGAGAUGGAGAAACAAGUCUCCGAGGGGACCACGUACUGGGACUGCUUCAAAGGAAUCGAUCUUCGGCGUACCGAGAUCGUCUGUUUUAUCUGGCUUGCUCAGACCAUGUCAGGAACUGCGGUUGGCGGUCUCUCGUCGUAUUUCUUCCAACAGGCUGGCAUUUCAGACGCGGAUUCGUUCAAACUUAGCUGGGGCCAGAACGGUCUUAACUUCGUCGGAACUGUUGCGACUUGGUUUAUUUUAAACAAGGCCGGCAGGAGGACGUUAGUCCUUUGGGGUAUGAUCAUGAUGUUUGUCUUGUUGCUCAUUACGGGUUUCAUGGGCAUCCAUGACCCGCCAAGCACGGCCGAAGCGUGGACAGCCGGGACGAUGGUCAUCCUACUGAGCGCCACGGCCAACUUCUCCAUCGGUCCUGUAGUCUACACCAUCGUAUCCGAGAUCCCGUCAACGCGAUUACGAGCUAAAUCCAUUAUUCUCGCACGGAAUGCGUACAACGCCAUCAACAUUGCCUUCGUCAAUAUCGUAUCGUACCGGCAGCUAAACCCCGCUGAAUGGAAUUGGGGGCCCAAGGCCGCAUUCUUUUGGGCUGGGACCAAUGCCAUCUUCACGGCGUGGAUUUUCUUCCGAUUGCCCGAGACUAAGGGCCGGACUUAUGCUGAGCUUGAUAUUCUGUUCGAGAACAAAGUGCCCGCUCGUAAAUUUGUGAGCACCAAAAUCGAUAAUUUGGUUCAUGGCACCGAGAGCGCACAAAAGGAACAGGUCGGCCAUAUUAUUAGCACCGUAGAGAGUAGGACAGAAAUACGAGAAUAGGUCAAGGUAGUUAGGAUAGAUAGGUAGCUUUGAUUGCUCCUGUCUCUUCAGUCCCAUUUGACAACGAUGGUGAACAUUGCAAGGGGUCGAAAGGCUAGAAACGAAACCUAUUGGAUUGAUGAGCUUUUGUCUAGCCGUUACAGAAGAUAGACGUAGCGUCACUUAGUCCAGUUCCCGACAAUGG